AUGGCCGAUAGCCCUCGACAGUCAUUGACCGGAAACAAUGUCAUCCAUCCCCCAGGCACGUUUCAACUGAUUCGAGGCGACGAGACCGAUCUUCAUGGCCAGCGUGUUGUCAUUCUGGACCCAAUUCCAUCCAACGACCCCAAUGAACCCUUGAACUGGAGUACGACCCGAAAGACAGCCAACUUUGCCAUCGUGCUAGCCACGACAGCCAUCAUUUUUACCGCAAUCUCCAUUCAGGCGGUUUUCUGGCAACAAAUGGUCGUCGACCUCCAGGUCUCCUACACCCAUCUCAACCAAUGCAUGUCGGUCAACUACGUUGGGCUCUCGACAGGCUGUGUGGUUUUCAUCCCGCUAGCCAAGAAAUAUGGCCGACGGCCCGUGUAUAUCGCAUCGACGGCGCUGAUGCUGGCAACGUCGUUCUGGACGGCCAAUCUACAGAGCUUAACCGAGCUGUAUAUCACCAAUCUCUUGCAGGGAUUCGCAGGUGCCACCAAUGAGUCCAUUGCGGAGAUUACCAUAGCAGAUCUCUUUUUUGUGCACCAUCGAGGCAGCAUGAAUGGUCUUUAUAUGGUCAUGAUCAUGAUUGGGAGCUUCCUUGCUCCCAUGGCAGCAGGCACUCAGGCUACCCGGCAAGGAUGGCGCUCUUCUUACCGCACCAUGGGCAUCUUCAACGGCAUUCUGCUGGCGCUUUUUCUCCUCUUCUUUGAAGAAACCAAGUAUAUCCCCGUGAUUACCGGACGAGCAAGCACAAGUCCCAGCGAAGACGAUGACCUCUCAGCCACCCCCAAGUCAGACACCAAACCCGAAUACUCAAAAGACAGCAAAGCCCGCAUCACACUCGAGAAUAGCAACCAGCAGCACGAGCUCGACCCAACAAUUCCUCGAAACCCAUGGCAGAAACGAUUAGCCUUGAUCACGGCAACCCCAGAACCUAUCUGGCCAUACUACUGGCGCCCAUUCUACGUGCUCGCAACUUUCCCAACAGUGCUGUUCGCCGCGCUGCAAUACGCCGCCGGCGUCGUCUGGCUGACCGUUACUGCCAACGUGCUUUCACUUGUCUUCCCGCUGCCACCGUAUCAGUUCACCCCCGAGCAGAUCGGGUUCAUGAGUCUCGGCCCGUUUGUCGGCAAUGUCCUCGGCGGCAUCUACGGCGGAGUCUUGGGGGACUGGUUGAUUGUGUAUUUCUCACGCAGAAACCGAGGGCUCUAUGAGCCUGAGAUGCGCUUAUAUAUUCUGCAUCUUCCGGCUCUUGCUAUGGCCGGGGGCUUGAUUGUUUUUGGGACCGCAAUUUCUCGAGGCAUGCACUGGAUCUACCCCAGCAUCGGCGGCGCCCUAUUCGGCUUCGGGCUCGGCAGCAUCAGCGACAGCGCAUUGACUCUAGUAAUUGAUAGUUACCGCGAGAUAACAGGUGACGCCUUCACAGGCAUCGCCUUCCUCCGCAACGCUGUCAGCAUCGGCAUCCCCUUCGCCAUCAUCCCCUGGAUGCAGCGCGCCGGUCUCCAGAACAUGUUUCUAGCGUGUGGCUUCCUCAGCCUCGGCAUGACCCUGCUAAUCCUGCCUAUGGUUUUUUGGGGUAAGGCUGCCCGCCGGGUUACUGCCGCGCGGUACGACCGUCUGGUUAAGCAACAGGGACGACUUCAUGCGGCUUGA